CAUUCUCUAUGUUUGUGAUAUUCUUUUACAUCAAGUUGCUGUACAUAUUGGUUGCUUUAUACAUUUCGUUGCAUUACAUUAACACGAUCGGCGACUAAUACGCGGACAUAGCUGGCAUUAACGACGAAGUGGAGAGAGGGGUGAAUCGUGGUGGGGGAGUGUAAACCAGCAAUGUAUCAUUUUGUGGCCACUAGUGCGCCAGAGCCUUUGGAUUUAUCGGAAAAAGUACAAAUACCAGGUCACAUAAUACAAUACCUUAAGGAUUUCCAAGUUGAGACGUUGCGGUUUUUACACCGUCAUUUGGCUAAUAGAGAUUUUUGCAUAUUGAACGACGAGAGCGGCUUGGGAAAAUGUGUGGCCACGACAGUAUAUCUAGGGGCGAUAGCCAAGAACAAGAAUUGUCUUAUAGUUGUUCAAAACGAUGAUGACUUUGUGACGGGUUGGCAGUUUCAUUUCGAAGUACUUACAAAACUGUCUGUUGGUGUUUUAGGAUCAAGCAUCUUAGAUCCUCCUCCCAAUAUAAUUAUUGCCAAAUGGAGUACUCUACGUUCGACUGUCGUUGGGAGCAAAUUUAAUUUUGAUUACAUUAUCGUCGACAACAGAGGACAAAUGAUGAAUAAUAACUUCUGCAUGUCCAUGCUGUUGAGUAACUACGAACAUAAGGUCAACUUAUUAAUAUCGAGUAUUGACGUCACGGCCGAUUUGAAAUUGUUGCAUAAUUCGUUACGUUUGGGAGGUCGCUUGGAACAUCAAUAUGAACAGUUUAAAUCUUUCGAAGCCAAGUAUAAACUGCCAGAUUCCAAGGAUGUACUUAAUAAAACAUGUGACCUGGAACAAUAUUUCUUAAAACGGGAAAUGAUAAGUGAUUAUUGCAAAGAUUUUCGAUUGCGGCGAUAUAGACAUCAGUUCGAAGAUGAGUUACCACUAGUGGAUUUGGAUCGAUAUAAAAUCAGUUUAGAGUUAUGGCAUACAAUAAGCAGUUCGAACAGUUCACAAAAAUCGAACGACAAUACCAACAACGUGAACGCAAACUCCGAAACGGCGACGGAAGAACUUUUCAAUCAAGCGCUGGCGCUGGAUCGUGAGAUAUUAGGAAUUAUAGAUGCGCGGCAGGGCCAAUCUUUAAAUAGUGAAAACAAUGAAACAUCAGAGGAUGCAAUCAUUAUGCCGCCGCUUCUAAUAGAUUCGGAAUCGUGUAGUAGUGAUGAAGCAGAGGAGGUGGUUGACUUAUUAAAUUAUCCAACUAUAAUGCCUCCAAGCGUCGAGCCUGAUGUUUAUGAAUUUAUUGAUCUUUCAAAUGACCGAGGGUCAGAAGAAUAUAUUAGUACCGCUAAAAAGGAAAUAAGCCAUUCUGAAGGAAAAAAUGAUAAAUGCCAUUCAACUCCAAGAUCUCCUACAAAUAAAAUCGAUAAUCAAAAGACACCUGACAUUAUAACUACACAACAAAUUAACAACACAAAGGAUGUAAUAGAGAACCAAGUUAACGUAAAAAAGACAAAAUUUGAAUAUUGUAAAGACACUUUAGAUAAAAAGACACCCGAGGAACCCGAAGAGGGUCCCUCUAAAUCGAUUAUAAAUGAAAACUCAAAAAAUAAAAAUUCUGCAGUGGCACGACAAAUACAAAAUAACUCAGAAAAGAAGCAGGAUAAAGUUUCUAAGACGCAUGAUCCAGUCGAUAUACGGCCCAAGUCGCAUGAGGCCAAAGCUAAUACAAUCGAACGUCGGGAAUCAAAGCGUAUGGAGCGCAUUUACAAUGGAAGUAACAAGAAAGCAAAAGCAACCGAUACUGGAAAAGAGUUGAAACCAACAAGACGGCGAAUGAUUGAUCAAACAAAGACGGAUAAAGAGACUCUAAGCAAAAAAAAGUUGUCAUCUAAGGACACUAAUCUUCAAAACGAGAAAAAUCUUUCUCCAAGAAAGCGGUGUGAAGUAAAGCAACCUAAAACGCGUGAUACGGAGACGGAUAAUGAAAAGGCGGAUACUAAAAAUGAAAAGGUAGCUAAGUCCAAACAAGAUGUAAGCGAAACUCCCAAAAAGCGUGGUAGAAGGGCGGCGAAUGAAAAGGUGGAAAGUAAUGAAAUUAGUCAAAAUGUCGUUAAGUCCAAACAAGAUGUAAGCGAAACUCCUACAAGGCGAUUGAGACAGCUGAGGUGUGAUAAAAUAAUCCGUACUAAAGACAAAUAUUCUGCGUCACCCUGUAAGGCGAACCGUUCAGUAUCUCUAGCGUCUGCGGCUUCUUCAAAAAAUACUGCCAAGAAAGAACGAAACAGUGGCAAUAAAUCGCUCAGUUCUUCGACGCCAAGUGUUAAAGGUACUCAAAAAUUAAAAAAUAGGGCAAAAACGAAUUCACGAAUGGAAAUUUUACAGACACCAACUUCGCGGAAUACCCGAGGCAUGCAGCGUCAGACUCGGUCUUCAGAUAGUUCAAGAAGUAAAUAUAUGACGUCGCCUCUUUCCUUAGAUAGUAUUCGAAAAGGGAAGAAAAGGGGAAGAGGAGUGGCACAAAAUUCUGGCAGCACCGGUACCAAAGACAAACAAGGAGAUGUUUCCAAAUCAACGAAAACGGAAAAAGCUGCCAGUGGUAAGAAAAGAAAAAAUAUUCAUGAAGAGCUGGAAAUAGGUGUUGUUGAAAAAGUACGAAAGGAUGAAUAUACUAAUGCAAAAAGACAAAAAAUAAUAGCUGCUUCUGACGAAGUAUCAAACGUAACAGACUCGGCUAUACUUCCAUUCUCCGAUACGACAGAGGAUAUGCAAUGUGGCCAAAAAGUAAUUGCAGACACGCAUUCAGAUAACCUUUUCUUGAGACCACCAACACCGAUCAAAGUCAUACGCAAUUCCGAAGCUAAAAUAUUACCUACACCAAGUAGUUUUACUGAUUCUGAAGUAGUAUUCAUACCUCCGCCAGACGCAAAUAAUAAAAACCAACAGAUUGUUAUAUUAUCCAGUUCAACAGAAGAUGGCUCUCUAUCGUCACAACAAUCUGCACAGAGUCGUAGAACUCGGGCACUCAAGCAAAAGAAGUCACUGAAGCGUCCUACAACAGACCGCGAGCGAUUAGCUGAAUUGUCUACAACGCCCACAUUCGGUGAACUGUUAGCUAAACAGCAACGUAUACACCGGAAAUCACCUGAUAUAUUUAGUGCUAGCACAGACCUUGGAUUGACUUGCACACAACAACCUGCCGCGGAUGGAAAUGAUGGAGUUGAGUCUUUUAAAGGCUUCAAGAUAUUUGGCUCCGAGGUCAAACAAAUGCAGCAACAGAACGCACACAAUUCCAACGGCAAACAAAAUAAACCAAAAGUCGUCCUGAGUCGGGGCCGAUCUUGCUUGAAUAUUCUUGAAAAAAUGUUUGAUGAUCCCCAUACCGAAGAUGCCACUAAUAAAACACAAAACAAGCAGUCAUCGAAGAAAUCAGUAGACGACAAACUAGUAAAAAGGGCGACGAGACGAAGUCAACCAGUGAUGCCGUCAUUACCAAACACUGCUAAUGCCGCUCAACUGCAGCAAGUACAAAACCAGGACCAACCUAAGCAAAAGCAAAUCAUUAAUAGUACCACCACUCAAAUAAUAAGCGGUCCGAUGGUGGACGAGGAAAUAUUUGAAAUUACAAAUAAUGAUGCUUUCGGCAGUGUGAUGCGAAUCAAUUCUAAUGGAGAAAUAUCGCCCGUUCAAACAGCAGCUCGGAGCCAACAACUAACACAGCACAAUAAAAUUACUAAUUAUCUUAUCGGUUCGACCCAACUGACACCAACGGAGACAUCUCUGGACGAGCGUACGCCCAGCAAACGCGUACAAACGCAGUUUUCAGGGACGCUAGCGCGCAGAUCACCGAAAAAUAGAUCAACACAAUCGACAAAACUCACCAAAUGGUUUCAGAAAAAUGCUACGCAAAAUGCCUCUCAAUCGAAUGUAGAUCUGCAAGAAAUGCGUGCUAGGAAGCAUACCAGGAGCGCAAUUGCUAAGCGUCUUAAAAGACGUUGUCUGGAGCUGUCCUUCAAAAACUGAGAUGAGAUGCGCUGAGAUGAGAUACGCUGUGUAUAUGAUAAAUCUGCAUGUUAAGCCGAUAAGCAUUCAACCAUUGACAGACACAUUUGGACGGCACCACACAUAUCUGCGGAUCUCAUUGACCGAGCGCUGUAAUUUGCGUUGUGAGUAAGAAGAAAACCACAAUCAAAAAUUAUUUUCACAAGACUUAUUUGUAAUCAUUAUAGAAAUGAAAAAGUUAUGAGUGAAUGGAAUGAGCUAUUUGGAGAUGCAUAGAUUUUAGUUGAAUUUUUAUUCCAAUACUUAUUAAAUAACUAUUUCAAUUGAUACUAAGUGGAUGUUAGAUAAGAUAACGUACAUACGAGUAUUACUUUCAUAGAGCACCUAAAUACUACAUGUAUGUACAUAUAAGUAGAUACAUACUUAUAUGGAAAAAUUA